CCGCAACGCCUUCAUCCCCGCUUAGUAUCCUUCACUGCCCUACAGCGCAUACACAUUUGCACUUCGCUGUUCACUUGCCUCAGAAAUCCCCCAUCAAACAUAUAGAGAGCAAAAUGCCUCGAAAACGCUGGAUAGACAAGAAAGAGGCCCAAACAUUUCAACUCCUCUACCGCCCACAGAAUGACCCUGCUCUGCACAAUGAGUCGGCCGGCGACCGGGCUCUGUACCAAGUCUCCGGACAGGGUGCAUCAUCUCAAGAGAGCGCACCAAAAGGGUUACAUCUAGACGACCUUGAAAGUGAACUGGACUUCGAGAGUGUACGCGAGAAUGAAGGCGAGGCAGCAGAGUAUGGAAUUUACUACGACGACACGAAUUAUGACUACAUGCAACAUUUGCGGGAAAUCGGCGAAGGAGGCGGAGAGGCACAUUUUGUUGAAGUCGCACCGGCGAAGGGCAAGGGAAAAGCAAAGGCGAUGAAACUGGAAGAUGCAUUGAGAGAGAUAUCGCUCGACGACCACGACGAUCGCAGUGUAGCUGGAAGCGAAAUGCUUUCUACAUUCUCGACGUCGACCAGGCCACGGACGUACCAGAAUCAACAGGAUGUGCCGGACGAGAUUGCAGGUUUCCAGCCUGACAUGGAUCCUCGAUUAAGGGAAGUGCUCGAGGCGUUGGAAGAUGAUGCUUAUGUGGAUGAAAAUGACGAGGAAGACCUGUUCGGUGCCCUGUCGAAAGAAGGUCGUUAUGGCGAACUCGAAUUGGGCGAGUUCGAGGCGAACUUUGUCGAUGAGGACGACGAGGGCUGGGAAUCAGAUGCUACUGAAAAGGCACCCGAGCAACCUUCAGAGUUUAAGCUCCCUUCACAUGCUCCGGUUCUUGACGGCGAGGAUCCAACAGAUCGGGAUGCCGCUCUGGACGCCGAAGCUGCUGCAGCGGAAGAUGGAGAUUGGCUUCGGGACUUUGCCAAGUUCAAGCGUGACAAAGGCAAAAAGCCCGAACCCAGGACGGCAGAGUCGAUUGUAGCUGCAUCUGCUGUUCAGGACAUGGCACCCUCCCUCUACACACUCAAUGGUACACCCUUGCGGCAGAAGAAGCGAAAGGGAGCCUUGACCAAUCCGAGUGCAUAUUCCAUGACCUCAUCCUCUCUAGCACGAACAGAUGGUCAGCAGUUACUGGACGCACGAUUCGACCAGGUGGAAAAGAUGUACUCUCUGGACGAGGCCGAAGAAUUUGACGAUAUGGAUGGUGGGACGUCCUUGGUAUCCGGUAUGACAGGUAUGACGGGCCGCUCAAAGAUGUCACAACUCUCCACGACCAGUUUUGCAGACGAAGGGGCUGUUCGGGAGGAUUUUGGUAGCAUGAUGGAUGAUUUUCUGGGUGACUGGAACAAAGCAAACCCUGGCGGUAAACGCAAAGGUGCCAAAGGCAAGCGUGGCAAAAAUGGGAACGAAAAGUAUGGUCUGCAACAACUCGAAGAAGUGCGUGCCGAGUUGGGUCCAGCGAGGAUCCAACGCACCGGCAGAGCAUGACGAGGACGAGACACAGGAGUUUCAAAGGUCGGUUUUCGUGUGACAUAUCAGAGAUACCCCAUUUUGCAAUAGACGUGAUGUCUUUCAUAUCAAACCCGCUUCAAGAACGCCUUGUGCAUGCAACUGUACAAGUAAUAUGUU